UUGACAGCACAGCAGAGGACGGCAUGGCUGGGAAAUACCGGGAUAUUCUCAAGGAAAUUCAGGAUGAGCAUCGUGAGUUCAUGAGAGCACGAACACCACCUGUCCACCGAGAGUUACUAGAAGCCGUCAAGAAGCGUAAUGCUGUCAAAGUGGAGCGUCUUUUGACACGAGGAGUAGAUAUUCAUAUGAAAGAUCCCUCCGGCAACCCCUUACUCAAUGUUGUGUCGCAGACUCAUUCAUCAGGAGAUGGUACUGAUGCUGUUAAAAUUAUGAAGAUGCUGCUAUAUUUUGGCGCUGACCCAGAUGAAUGUGACAUAUUUGGGAGGACUGCACUGCAUUUGGCUGCAGCUAAGAAUUCUAAGCUGGUGCAGGCACUGCUUGAGGCAGGGUGCUCAACGAACAGACAGGAUAAUGCAGGUCGUACACCGCUUAUGGAGGCAUGUGCAUCCAACGCUCCUGAUGCUUUCGUCACGGUAACCAUGUUGAUGGAUUGGAAUGGUUAUGUUGCCUUACAGGAUGAAGAAGGGGCAACAGCUCUUCACUGCGUUUGUAUGAACAGGAAACAGAAUCGCUUUGUGAGGAAUGAGAUCGUCAUGAAGUUGUUGUUGGCUGGACUGUCCGCAGGUGUCUGUGAUAAAGCGGCUAAAAUGGCAUUAUGUUACGAACUGGACCAGUUCGUGAACGGCCCUCAAGACAUGCAAUUUAACGAAGCCAGUUUUAGAGUAGCUCAAACGUUGUUGCACGCCGGCGCCAGGUUUAAUCCUCGUUUGAAGCAACACCAACGCUGGAUCAAAAUGGUGGCCAAUUUUUCCUCGGUGGACCUCUUGCGCCAUCUUCUUCGAAUCGCCGAGCCAACUCUACCCUUAUCCACACUGAAAACACUUCCGAACUUGACUAAGUCUGUGGAGGACGAAAAUGGACUCUUCCAGAAACAUCUGAGAACGUUAUCACGUCACGUACGAUCCCUCCAGGAGUUGAGUCGACUAGUCAUUAGGGAAAUGUUGAAGGGUAAAGUGUUACCAUCUGUGCCGCUACUACCACUGCCUCCAAAACUGCAGAGUUAUUUAACUUUGGAAGAUUGACCAAUAUAUUAUCGGUCAUACCCGGUAUUUAGGUUGAUUUUACGUGUAAAAUAUGUAUUAAUUACGUUUUUACAAUUGCAAACAUGGACCAGCCAAGUCGUUUUUGAAUACUAGUCGAAGAUUGCUCUGACGUUGGGUUUGGAAAAAACAUUUUCGGCCGAAGAUGGCCCCAGACCAACGUGUGAACGCGCUCACUUUAAAAACCUGAUGCAGUUG